AUCAGCGUAAUUGGUUUAGUGGUAAAAUUCUCCGUUGCCAUUCGAGCAACGUCGGGGAGCCCUGGGUUCGAUUCCCAGAUUACGCAGUACGACCAGGUCCUCCAGUGGACGGUUCCUUUUUGUCGGUUGCGUCGAUUAUUCAAGUCCGAGCGAGGUAUGCCAAACCAGACAGCGAGUACGUUAACUGAGUAUUACACAACCCGAGUGUCUACCGUCCCAUUACGAAGUGUACAAGAGGUAAGGUCUCACCUUGGGUAG